GCAGAGCUCUCAGCCCCCGGCUCCGCACGUCGAGUCGCUCCGGUACCCGGGACGCUUGCCCGCCCGUCGCCCCCGCGCCAUGUCUUCGGAGAACCCGGACUCGGACACUCAGGUGGACCACGAGGAUGAAAAACAGGACGCCCAGGAGAAGAAUGCAAACCCAGUGAAGGCGGAGGAGGCCAAGCUGCAGGCCAAGUACCCUGUUCUGGGACAGAAGCCCGGCGGCUCAGACUUCCUCAUGAAGAGAUUACAGAAAGGGCAAAAGUACUUUGACUCGGGCGACUACAACAUGGCCAAGGCCAUGAAGAAGAAGCAGCUUCCUGUGGCGGGGCCCGACAAGAACCUGGUGACCGGCGACCACAUUCCGACGCCGCAGGAUCUGCCCCAGAGGAAGUCGUCCUUGGUGACCAGCAAGCUAGCCGGCUAGCCUUCGUCGUGCUAGAAGCUAAUAUGUCCCCAUCCUCCCCUCCUCCUCGCCCCUUACCUUUUCAUCCCCAGACACCACUGGCUUUAACAUAUCGGGCAGAGUUGUAUAAGUUAAAACUCCAUUUGCUUGUAAGUGGGUGGGGCUUGGUGGGGGGGGGGUGACGGAGGUCACUGCGGCCCACAAGGUCGUAGCCGUCUCUGCCUUCCCACCGCGCACAGCUCUGCCCCCCUCUGCCCCCUCUGCUCUACCGCCCCCUUGUCUUGGUUUUCGGUGUUCCCAGAUGCAUCACAGUAGGUGUGUGUCGUCGGGCAGGGGGCGGACGGGGUCAGUCAAUGCACUUUGUAUUCUGUAUAUUAUGUUUUUUUUUUUUUUUUUGCAUCCUGAAUGACACCAAAAUGAUGCGUGUGAGGGAGCUAGCAACCUUAAUCGCAGCGUGUUCUUUAAGUUCCCUUUCUGUCCGGGUGGCAGCUUCGGGGGGGGGGGGGGGGGAUGCGUGGGAAUAAUUGCUUGCAUACCAAAUCUGUUAGGGCAGCCGCCUGGAUUAAACGAGCUGCUGAGCUUUCGCUGACACCGUGUUGGGAAAUGGUGGCAAUUGAAUGGCGGCUUGCUGGCGGCUCAUCCUUCACUCAGCUUGCGUGGAACCAGGCCAGAGGUCUCCUGCUGCAGCUCAGCCGAAAAGGGAUUCGAAACGCCGCCUUUCUGUUUCGCUCUCUGCUCCUAUUGCUUUAAUUCUCAACUCCCUUUGCUCCCGUUCUCUCUAAAUAUGCUGCAUGAUUGUAACAUGUAACAAAAAAGAAAUUUAACAUGUUUUUAAACUGGAGUGGGGCAUCUGCUUAUUGAUAAGAAGAAUCCAGAAAAACACACAAAGCCCUGAAAUGUCCACAGUCGCACUUCCUUCCUUUUUGCUGUCCUGACAAUCCAUGUGCACACACUUGUUGGCGGCCCAGGGUAACAGCUCAGCUGAGUUUAUCCUUGUAUAAUUUCCAAAGGCGGGGGACCCCUGCCAUUCUCUGACUUCUGUCUUAGUCUGGAUGCAUCAAGAUGUGUUACCAUGAGCCUAAAAGAUUUGUGGGGGCAUUGAAGCACCCUACGUAGAGUAUAUGCUUCUGUAAAUAAUACUCCAACACGCACGUAGCUCGCGAUAAGCUCAGCGCUUUGAGGAGCGUACCAGCUAGCAUGCCUGACAGGAACGGUAGUGCUAAGUCCACUCACUUGAGAUUACAACCUGGGAUUUUCUGGCUGGGGAAUUUCGUCGCUUUCCCAACUGAGCUAGAUUUCACACUGCAGCUAUCCCCCGGCUCAGAGACUGCAGAUAUCCAACCAUUUAAUGUGUCUUGUGUCCCCCGUCCAGACCUCUUACUCUCCCGACAUCUCCAAACAUCUCUACAAGUUAGUAUCUCAGUGUCAAGUCUGAAGGCCAUAUCCCAUCACAGAGGUCCCAUUAAAAAGACAAAAGUUACCACAGUCCUAGCCUCGUAGUCGAUUCCCACUCUGCCUUGUUUAGGUAGUAAGUUGCUCUCACACAUUUGGGACUGAUCAAACAGACUUUUCCUAGCUGCUUAAUGGACGCUGGUUUCUCAUUGUUUAAACUUUUUCAGAUUAUUUAUCACAGUCAGAUUUAGUUCUGUCCUUGAGUCUUGCCUAUUUGGCAAAUCACAUUCUGAAACACUAACUUAAAAGAUUACAUAUAGUUUACUUCACUAAAUCCUGAACUGGAGUUACUCCGACUCCCAGCACCUCGAGAAGCAUGUUUCUUUUUUCUUUCCAAUCUCACACUGCACAGACUGGUUUGUGUCAGAUGUGGUGAACGGCAACCUGAGAACCACAGGUGUCCGCCCAGCGAGCUUAAAGUGGAACGUCGCAUGCUUGUGGGAUGUGUUCACGCCAACACUUGGCGAAGCGGCGAGAUUGUAUAACGCUUGGUGAGGGGGCGACGUCUGAGCCAGGCCCACCUGUUAAUGUGGUUCAAGCUCUGAAACAGGUCACCGGAGCCAUCACCAAAGUCUGCAGACUUGAAAUGAAUCGAAACCAGGACGCUCGCUGAGAAUCAGCCUCCUUGUAAUAAUAACUGCUUCAGGGAACCUUCACAAACACACGCACUCCUCCAUGUAGACUAGGUGAUCGGGUGCACGCACCAUCACAUCCUCCGCCUUGUUAUGUUCAUUGAGAUUUUUAAACGUGUCAAACUUGCAGUGGAUGAAAGAAGUGACCUCUGCGUACGUGUGUUGUGUGUUACACUGUUGUGUGAAUGCACUGCCUUCCUCUGUUCCAGCCGUUUGUAAAUAGUCUUCAACAGGACGGGAUUCUGAGUGUUUUUUUGUUUCCCCAUCAGCUUUCCACUCUGUCAGAGCCUGAGCUAUUUCUGAUUCAAUGGUUCCUCUACUUUUCAGUUUAACACUACUUCUGCUCUGUCUGCAGAGGCUAUGUGAAUCUGUAUCAUAUGAAAAUAUGUGUAAAUGCUGCUGAUUCAGUCAAAGACAAAUCUAAGAGAGGAUGCCCUGUAAAGAACACCUCUCCUCUCGAUUCUACCAGUCAGACUCUACUCUUUCCAACGGGUAUCUCUCCUCUCCUAUCCUACGACCGAGACAAACUUUAAUCUCUUUCAAACUACAGUCAAAUUUAGUGCAUAUCCGACCACUACAUUUAUGAUUGCUUUGUUGAAUUAAAUCAUAUUUUUUUCGCUCUGGUCAGGUCUUAAAAUCUGAACAGACCGUUAAGCUUCAUCUUGUGUUUGAAAUCCUACAGUUUCCUGCUGGAACAAGUAAAGGUUGCUAAAAUAGAUGUGUGAAAGACGACAUGUUCCAAGACACAACAGUGGACAGGAGUUCUUGAAUGCUACUUGAUGCUCGGCUUUGCACAGAACAGUUCACAAGAGGAGAUAGCAGGGUACGUUUCAAACCCACCAUGCAGGGUGUCUCUCGUUCAGCGACGAUAAACAUGUGCCAGAAUGUAUAAAGAAAUGACCGGCUGUGUGUUCUGAAGUACUUUUGUGCUGCUUUUACUUUUAAUCAGUUUUCUUGUUGUUUUGCAAGUAAAUGUUUCUACUUUUUGAGUUUUCUCUUGUGUUCAGGUAUUGCAUAAUUCGUUUUAAUUGUGGCCCCAGACAACUGCAGGGAAAUCACUGGCACCCUCGCUUCCAAGACACAAAUAUAUAAGGGUUUACAAUGAUUUAAUCACAAGAGGAUGACUGGAGAACACGGGAAUGAUUUUAAGAAUUCAGAAAAGUUCAGGAGAAGUUGGAAUGUUUAAGUUGUGUGGGAGUCGUUGAAAGGAUUUUUGUCAGUAUUUGAAAUAAAAUUUUACAUUAACAUUU